AUGGAAAAUACAAUAAGAAAUAACAAUAAAGAAAGAAGAUUAGGAUAUAAUGAAAUAAUGAUAGUGUCAAUGUAUUUUAAUGAUAUUAAUGAUUUCAUUAAUUUAGAAUUAGGUGUUAAAAGAUUUCAAGGAAAUAUGGAACGAUUUCAUUUUAAUCCAAUUCCUUUAAGUGAUUAUUCAAGAAAGUUCUUUCCUAAUAUUGAAACAUUUAAUUUAUAUGAUUUAAUGGAUAGAGUAUUUAAAGAUGGAAGAAUAAUCAAACGAGAGCUGUGGUAUACAGUGAGUUAUUCAAUACACAUAGAAGAGAAAGAAAAAGGGAAUAUCUGUAAAAAUAUAGAAUAUACAAAACAAGAUAGAAAGAAAUAUGGAAAUACAAUACCACCAGAAGUUAAAUCACUUGAAUCUGAAUGCUUUUAUUUUGCCAGUGGAUUAAAAACGAUUGAUAUACCAACAAGGAUUAGUGAAAUAGGAGAUAGAUGUUUUUGUGGAUGUGCAUCAUUAAAAUCAAUUAACAUACCAAUAACAAUUACUAAAUUAGGAAACAUUUGUUUUGAUGGAUGUGCAUCAUUAACAUCAAUUACUAUCCCAUCAUCAGUCAAUGAAAUAGGAAAUUAUUGUUUCGAUGGAUGUGCAUCACUAACAUCAAUUAAUAUACCAUCUUCUGUUAGUAAAAUAGGAAAAUUAUGUUUUUAUUCCUGUUGCUCAUUAACAUCAAUUGACAUACCAACAUUAGUUAGUGAAAUAGGAGAUGAAUGUUUUUUUGGUUGUGCAUCAUUAAAAUCUAUUAAUAUUCCAACAUCAGUUAGUAAAAUAGAAGGUGAGUGUUUUAGAGAAUGUACAUCAUUAAAAUCUAUUGACAUACCAUCAUCUGUUAGUAAAAUAGAAAAUGGAUGUUUUUAUAACUGUAAAUCAUUAACAUCUAUUAAUAUUCCAUCAACAAUUACAUCAUUUGGAAGUUAUUGUUUCUACAAUUGUGGAUGUAUAGAAGAGUUAAAGCAAAAUAAAAGAAUACCAGAAAAAUGUUUUAAAGACGUGCGGGGAUGA